AUGCCGCUGUUGAACACUUCAGUAGCGGUGUUGAGACAACAAAUGGACGAUAAUAACCAUGAAUUGGUUAACAUGUUGACCAACCAGAUGGGCACAAUCUUUAAUCCAGUAAUACAAGACUCUCCUGAAACAAAUAGGCAGGUGGCGAAUCAAUUGACACGCUUGUGCAAUUUUCUGGGGGCACCGGCUCGACAGAUGGCACAAGUGGUUAGGCAAGUUGUUCCUGUGCAGAUGGAGAUAGGGGCAGCGGAAGAUGAGCCAGUCCAUGAAGGACAAAUCAUUAGACCCCUUCAAAAUCAAGGCGUCGAAUCAGGAGUCGCAGGACGUAACCAGAUGAUACUGGUUAACCGACAACAGGAUGCUGAUCAAAUUAUCGACCAACAACGACAAGAAGACUUAACAGUGGAAAAUAAUUUGAUAACUAUUGUCGAAAGGAUUAUGGAUAGAAAUAGCAUGGGUGCUACAUUUCAAAGGCCAUUGUACGCCUCCCCGUUAGCUGAGUUUAUUCUCCAAGCCGAGGCGCCCAGGGGGAUGAAAGUGCCUAAGUACACUAAAUUUGGGGGAGAGUCUGGUGAAUCGACAAUAGAGCAUGUUGCCAGAUACUUAACAUAG